CAACUUUUUAGGCAAACCAUCAUUUACGAUUUUUUCCACCGAAGCACUACGGAACAGAUUAAAUCUGCUUGUUAAGAGUGAGGAUUAAAUUCGUGUAUCUACAUCGGCAAUCUAAAAUGAAUCGAGUGGUCAUUUAUCAAAGGCCAGCUCAGCGUUGUAGCGGUCCAAGCUGCACUAAAUGUCUUUUAAUUUUUUUCACUAUCAUGUGUUUACUUAUUGGUUUCAUUUUGACCAUGGUGGGUCACCUUGCCGAACCAUUUUGGGGCCCAGAAGAUGAUUGGUGCGACUUUUGCCGCGAGGACAGACUGGAAACAGAACGAAAUUUAAAGAAUUGUCGAAUCGUCGGACCAAUAUUCCUUGCGAUCGGAGGCGUUUUGCUCGUCAUUUCGAUCUGUUAUUGCCAAGUCCAAAACAAAGCAAAUCAAGGGCGAGUUAUAACCGGACCGCCUUCUACUCAAACUGUCUCUACAAGUCAACCGGGUCCUGGAGCGGUAUCAACUUCUCAGUACCCUUCAGGCAACACUUUUGGACCUCAACAACCUUAUGGGCCGUCAUACGGAUAUCAACCGGGACCUUACCCGAACAACCCACCUCCGCCCGCUGCGGGAACAUAUCCACAGCAUCCGACAGGACAAGUGUAUCCUCCUGUAACACAACACCCUUUCCCUCCUCAAACACAGCACCCUUUCCCUCCUCAAAGUGGACAUGAUUACUCACCAUACCCUUCGACAGAUAUGCCUCCUCCACCGUCGUAUGAAAGUGCUACAGACCAAAGUGUUACAGACCAUAGUGUAACUCCAACUGCCCCUCCCAUGGAGAAAGUGGGUUAGAUAGCUGUGAGGUUAGUUUCAAGUUAAAAACUCCUUUAAUUUCUAAAUCUUUACGAGAAGUAUGAUGUGUUUAUUCACUACAUGAUACACUGACCACUUCAUCCUAGAAGAAGAAAAAAUGAAAACAUAACUCAAAAGUAAAAAAAAAAUUUAAAGAUAAAUUUACUAAUGUUAUUACUAUUCUAGAACAGAAAAUGCUUUAUAUGCUUUUAUUAUACUGCUGGCAGUGCCCAUGGGUAAUAUGAAGCAAGUCCUGAGUUCUGUUUGGCUGCCCGAGUGGGUAAGAUGGGCCCAUCUUGCCUGCUUGGGAUUACUUACUUUGGUCCUGUGUAAGAAAAAAAUUGCUUGGAGUGAAUUUACGAAAAAUGUUAAUUAGUUUUGGACAGUGUUGGCAAUGGAGUAACUGAAAGUGGUUGAAAACAGUCAAAAUGAAGAAAACAUGAAUAACUGUCAGUGGUUUCUUAUGCUACAAAAACAGUUGGCUUCAAAUAGUUCUUAAUAGAAAAAAAUCUUUUUGCUAUACGAUAAUUCUUUUUUGACCAAACCUGUUUGUUCAAUAUGGCUAUUUCUUUUCUGUUUUUUUUUUUUGUUUGUUUUUUGUUUUCAUUUUUAUGGACCUCAACUAUAUCUCGGUUCAUCAAAAGGCUUAAAAGGACUUGGCUAAUAUCCAGCCAUUUUGAUCUCAUGCUUGGUCAAUGAUACAUAUAUUAUGGAAAUGACUGUUCUUGACCUCCUUCCUUUUUAUUAUAAGCUGAACAAUGCACAUAUAUUGAUAGCUUACACUUUAUGAUAUUGGAGGACAGACAUUUCUUUGUUGUAUAAAACAAAUAGAUUCAAUGUUGCUGUGCGUUUGUUCAGUAGUAAUCACAGAUGGCAUAAAAUUUAUUUAAGAACAUUAUUUAGUGACACUCCUGGCUGCACCUUGUGUGCCACCUUUUUUGUUCUUAUCACAUUUUGACAUAAUUUGUGAGCUAUAACUGAACAGAAGCAUGGCUAUGUGGAAUCUAUUUGUUAAAUAGGAAAGAAUUAUCCAACAUCUCUUUUAUCCUUGAGAUUUUGCAAGCUGUAGAGGAGAUGGGGCUAUUCCUUCCCUGAGGCUCCCAGAUAAUGUAAAAUGUUAGCAUGUAUCUGAAAGUUUUCCUUAUUUGUACAAAUAGUGAGGCUAGAAAGAAACUGAUUCAGUUUAUUAGACAUGAUUGUUUGAAGUUUUUAGGUUGUGUUUUUCUUUUGAGCUGUAAGAUGUUUUAACAGCUGUGUGUGCUUUACACACUUCACACAUAGUGGAUUCUUUGCAUGACGAUAACAAACGUGGCAUUUUUUCCAAUACUUUGUUUUUUUUCAUUUUCCUUUUUCCACAAUGGAAAAACUUCUAGUUACUAAUAAAUUUUAGAAGCCAAGUGGCCUAUAGUUGGUAGCCCAUAUUGGUAGUAUCUUUCAGCAAGAGGUGAUUAAAAGUAUGUCUGCUCCUCUAGGAUGCGAUGCUCGUCCAUCACAGCUAAUCCACACAGAUUUUGUUUGGUUCCCCUGGUAGAUGAUAGUUAACGAUUUAUUCUUUUGGGUAGAGAGGGGCAGUGUGAAAGUAAACCCAUUACGUAAUGACUAGAUACAUGACCAAACCAAUGGUUGAAUGCAUGCUUUCUUGUUCUAAGGCCCUAGGUCCUUAGCAGCUUUGUCCCCCACAAGCUGAGUCAAGCAAGAUGUAAUUGAAUACCCAGAUAUUUAUUUAAUCUUUUUUUUCUAUCUAACAGAGGGAGGAUGAAUCCAGAGACUUGGAGUAACACAUGUGAUGUGAUAAUAAUGCAAAGAUGGUCUGGGGGAAUUUCCCAGUUCUAUCUUUGCAGAGGCACAAUCUUUGAACCAAAUCUAGUUUAGGAGGACACAUGGUAUUAUAAGCAUAUAAAAAGAUAUGGGUUUGGAAACUAAGUGAGCCAAACCAGAUUAGGCCAUUUUACAGUUGUGUACUUAGUUGUCCAGCCUUUGAUUUGGAGUGAGGCUGAUGGUGACCUUGUUGUGAUAGAGACCAGUAACUAGUUAGCAUGAUAACAAAGUAAUUUGCAUUUGAAAAGCAGCAAGGUUUGUAUCAUAACAAGGUCAGCCUUAGCCUCACUCCUGUUCAAAGGCCUGGCAAACGAGCACACAACUGUAAAAUGCACUAUUAAGCUAUGGUUAUUGCAAUUUUUUUUGUUUGUUACUGCUUACAUAACUGCAUAUUUAUUCCAAGGUAAACAAUUUGUUAAUCAAGACUGGAGUAUUGAUUCAGAAUUUUUGAUGUUUUCAUUCAAAUGUAAUCCCACAUUGUGAGAAAGUAUGCUUGAUACUAUAAUGAGUAAAAGUGGUUUACUCAUUAGCUUUAUUUAAGCAUCAAUAUCCACAAUGAUAAUCUGCCCUUUUAUAUAAGAAUUAUUUACAAACUGUUGUGUUGAUCACACUUAUUGUUGUUAGGGUGAGCACAAUUUUUAUUUUAAGUUUUUUAUUGGUGAGAACUGUUGUGUUGACCACACAUGAUUAAUAUUCAAUGUUAUUAGAGUGAGGCCCCUUGGAGUAGGGGGGCUGGGGAGGGGGGUGGUGAAGGAAGAGGAACCUAAUUAGCUAUGAAGUGUAGGGCUGUGUUUUAUGCAGAAUUUUAAAAUCUCAGAUUGGCUAUAAAAAUAGAAGAGUCUUGGUAUGGAUGGGGAUAGUAUUCAGAGGAAACUGAAUCUUGUUUUUUUCAAUGUAAUCACUGUUUUAAAGCACAAGUUAAGUAAUGUGGACAGUUUUGGAUGAGGAAGGUUUUUUUACCCCAAGUUGAUAAUCAACCAAAAGGUUAUCUAGGUGGAUUAAGUACCAAAAGAAAUUUUAAAAAAGCUGAAAAUUUAAAGCAUUAGCCCUUUAAUCAUUUGAUGUCCAUAAUCUGUAUAUCAUAAAAGUUAUAUAUAAACUAUAUCAUUUAAGUAUAUAUACAGUUGAACCUGUAUUAAGUGGCACCUGUGGGUAUUGGCAGGGUGACCACUUAGCCCUUCAACACUCAGGAUCUGAUUGUUAAUUCUCCCCUCUAGCUGCUAUGUAUUUCCUUGUAAAUUAGAUGCAAGAAUUUGGUGUUAGAUCAAGAUAGCAACUUCUACCUCAUACAUUUGAGAACUCUCAUUACCUGUUUGUUGGAUAGUGGAAGGAUAUUGUAGAGAGAAGAUACAUGUGAAUCACAUCUGGGAGUUAGAGGGUUAAUAGAAGUUAACAGACUGUGUAGCACAGGUUGACCAGCAUAUGACUUAAGUGAUGUUCAUGCUUAGUAUUUGCCGUAACAGUCCAGAGGAGGAAGAUAAUCUGCAAUGCAUUGAGGACAUUUGAACUCAAAGUACCAACAUUGAUUCCAAGACAUUAACAUGAUUAUAUUUUAUCUGAGGGAUUACUCUUAGUUUUAAUAGAGUUGUUCCACUUAAAGUGAAGGUUCAAGACAGGUGGAAGACAUUACCAACAGGCCAUUGGGACUUAGUCAAGGGUGAUCACAACUGCUUUAUAGAGGUGACUGCCCAAUGGAGGUGAAAAUUACAGUAAUUUAGGGGAUUAUCGAUCGCUUAGUACAUGAAGACUGCUUAGUACAGGUUUGACUGAAGUUUGAAUCAGAACUAGAAUUGUCCCUGUAGAACUUUGUCUUAGAGGCAAAAACAAGAGGCAUGAUUGUAGCCUAUGUAUAAAUAAAGAAAUCAGUUACAGUGUAGCUACACACUGUGUAGACAAG